UAAAGUCUCCAUACACGCACGUUGCUUAACCGAAGGCACUUUCUUAUGGAAAUUACAAGUAAAACAAGAAAUUUUCAUGGUUCUACCGUCCUGUAUUGGAAUUUAUGAGAUCACAAAGCCAACUUGGCCAUUGCUUGUUGCCUAUAAUGGGAUAUAGUAAAAGAAACCUUUUAGAGUCGAGAGAACGUCGCGAAAAGUACAGAUAUGAAUAGUAGUCUUGUGCUUAUAGUUAUUCUUACGUGCAUGUCCUUUGGAAUUGGUAAUUCGAAUAUUUGUACGAAAGACUCGUGUUUUCCACCGAACUGGGAUCUUGAGACAGUUAAAGGUGCAACAAUUAUCGCAAAUUCGACUUGCGGGUUGAAUGGAAACGAAGAUUAUUGCGUCAACGGGAAUUGUUUUCAAUGCAACAAUGCUAUACCAUCGACAUAUCGUGGUGUAAAUCUAACCAUAGACAGUGGCGCUAAUGCGGAUAACAGCUACUGGAAAUCGGAAAACUUAGUAGAAAAUGUAGUGCUUGAGUUGAAUUUGGGACACGCAUACUUCUUCGUUGCAAUUACGGCUACUUUUGCAUACAGCUCUCCAGCGGCCAUGUACUUCUCCAAAAGCGCUGAUGAUGGGUCAACUUGGCAAAUUUUGGCAUAUUUUUCAACUGACUGCAAGACCUACUUCAACAUGUCAGGAACCCAAGAAAAGAAUCGUAAUGGAUUCAAUGUGCAAUGUUUUGACUUGAUGGAUACACAAUUUAAGGUAUCAUAUCAGCCUUGGAGAGACUCACAGUUUGCUGCAAGCAUACGUCGUAACUAUAGUUUGCAAAGAGAAUUCUUAGCUACCAGCUUUCGGAUGGUGUUGGUCAAAUUUCAGGUACCGCGUCUCUUUGAUAGGCAAAGAGCUGAUGGAAGAAAUUACUUUUUUGCUGUUAAAGAUUGGCAAAUUCGUGGAAGUUGCUUUUGUAAUGGUCAAUCUGCUGAAUGUGAUGCUAAGGAAAGAUGGAAAUGCAACUGCUUGAAAAACACAACUGGUGACAAUUGUGGAAAAUGUCUUUCAUUGUAUAAUCAAGAGAAAUAUGAGCCAGGAAAAGCUUGCACAGCUUGUGAAUGCAACAACCAUUCAUCAAUGUGUGAAUAUGAUGAAGAAAAAGGUCGAGGUGUGUGCAAGAAUUGCUCUGACUAUACAACUGGUGAUUCAUGUGAGCAGUGCUUACCAUAUUUCUAUGAAAAGUUGCUACCUGUUGUGCAUCCAGAUAGAUGUCAAGCAUGUAAUUGUAAUUCCUUUGGUAUAACUGGUGAACCUGGUAGCGAUGUGUGUGACCAGACGACCGGACAAUGUGACUGCAAGGCAAAUGUGACCGGGCGAAGGUGCGACCGAUGUAAGGACGAGUUUUGGAAUUUGUCUGGUGAUAAUCCUAGCGGUUGUCAAAAAUGCAUUUGUCAAAGUGCUGGAACAGUGAACGGUUCUGUUGUAUGUGAUCAAGUAACCGGUCAAUGUCCAUGUAGAUCAUCUGACUAUCACAAAAGUGCAUUGGAUGGUUAUUACAAUCUAACGUUCUCAAACGUCAUUCCCUGUAAAGAUUGUUCGUGUUCACGUGUUGGCUCUGUCAAUCUCACGUGCGAUCAAACAAAAGGCCAUUGUAACUGUCGUAAUAAGUUCUCUGGUUCAAAAUGCAACGUUUUAGAAGCCAACUCGUACAUUCCAGGUGUGAUCGAGUCUACUUUCGAAGCAGAACAGUUCCAUCCUAAUCUACAGUAUUUCAACCAGACAUCUUCAAAGGCAGGUGUUCUUCUCGAUGGCGAACAAUAUUCUCGUUCUCUAAUCUUCCAAAUCUUUAUUCCAAAAACGUCCGUGUAUUCAUUGAUUAUAAGAUAUCAGACGGCAAUCGAUUGGAAAGACGUCAAGUUACGUAGAAUCCUGUUGAGUCCAUAUUCACCAUUUUCUUGUCAAGAUGCCAUCUUAAUUAGAAAUCAUUCCUUUGUCUUUACCGCCACUUUAUUUUCACACUUAAAUGCAUUGCAUUUCGGCGAUGCUUGUCUUGUGAAUGGUCCUUAUGCAAUAACGCUGGAGUUGCCUUCAUUACCCAGAAGUCAUAGCGUAGCUCGCUCCUCAAGUAGCGUUCUCGUUGAUUCUUUGGUCGUUUUACCGAGCGUACUGAACUUCACAUACCCCAAAGCGGACAACAACACGCUAUUUUACUAUAAAAAAGCGUUUGCCUUUGAAACCUGGUCACGGGCUAAAGACGAUGUGCAAAGGUCCUUGGCGCCAUACUUUACUGCAAUUUAUAAUGGUGGUCGAUCGUGUUCUUGCAACGAGACUGGGUCUUACAGCAGUACUUGUAACAAAGAUGGCGGACAGUGUAACUGCAGACCAAACAUUGUUGGUCUAAACUGCGACAGAUGCGCGCCUAGCUUUUACAAUUUUUCCAAAAGCGGUUGCCAAAGGUGCAAUUGUGAUUUGAUAGGAUCAAACAGUACAUUAUGUGAUACAUUGACGGGCAAAUGUCAGUGCAAGUCCGGUGUUGUUGGACGACAAUGUAGUCAUUGUGAAAAAAACUACUUUGGUUUCGACAGAGGAAUCGGUUGCUCGCCCUGUUCAUGCGACAAACUGUAUUCGACAAAUAUUCAAUGCGACAAUCGUGGUGUUUGCCCUUGUUUACCAGGCGUUAAACUACCAAAAUGCGAGGCAUGUAAUGACACAGCGUUUAAUCUCACUCUAAAUGGUUGUGAAAACUGCCAUUGUGACGUUGAUGGGAGUGUUUCUUUAUCGUGUGACAAGACGAGCGGUGAAUGUUCUUGCAAGUCGUUUGUGAUUGGUCGAACAUGUAAUUCUUGUCCAUCCGCUAUGUUUUACGGUCUCGACAAACAUCAUCCUACUGGUUGUUUAAAAUGUCAAUGCUCUGGGAAAACCAACAACUGCACUACCAAGAAAAAUACCUUCGAAACUAGUAUACUUACUAAACUCAGUGUAUCCGAUCCCGAUGAUAUAACUGGACUACAAAACUGGACUACUACUUUUGGACCGAGCCAGUCUGCUGUAUUCGAUUUCGUCAACGACUCUUAUACUGGAGUGAUCGAGGUCGCCUCCAGUACGGCCGAGAUUGUAUACUUCAAAGCACCAAUGAAAUUUCUUGGCGACAAGCGAAGAGCCUAUCAACACAGACUUUCUUUUUAUUUAAAAGUGGAGGAUAAUAUGAAUAAUCCAUUUGAUACCACACAAGGGGAUGUAAUUUUGAAAGGCAAAUGGUUUGAUGGCGUUUUGGUUCAUAGGUUUGACAAAAGACCCAGCGAUAAAUUUACUGAAUUCUCGGUUUUUUUGGAAGAAGGCGAAUGGAAAGUGAACAAUACCGAUGGGAAAAAUAUCUCUUCUUAUGAAAUGGUUCUUGUUCUCAGCCAUCUUGAGGAAUUAUGGAUCAGAGCUAAGUGGUCAAAUACCACAGGAGCAACAACGUCGAUCGCCAUCAUCAACAUGCGUCUGAGUGAGGUGUAUAAGGAUCCUUCCCAGGCUCCUUACCUCGCUCGCAUGACAAAAUCAGUGGAGCUGUGUGAUUGUCCAGGUGAAUUUGCCGGUGACUCGUGUGAGCGAUGUGCAGAUGGCUAUACUCGUUUGGUUCCAGGGUCUGGUCCUUAUACGAAGUGUGUUCCCUGCAGCUGCAAUGGAAACAGCGAUAAGUGCGAUCCUAUUUCCGGUGUCUGUAUCGACUGUCAAUACAACACAACAGGGGAUCAUUGUGAACGCUGCGCCUUAGGCUACUAUGGUAAUGCCACAUCAGGUUCUCGAAAUGCUUGCCUUCCAUGCACGUGUUAUGGUGGUCACGUGUCAUGUGAUCUCGUCAGUGAUGGCUCUUUUGCAUGUCGCUGUGGGCUCGGCUUUGAAGGCAAUCAAUGCGAGACAUGUGCUGAUGGCUUUUUCGGUGUACCGACAGAGGUUGAUGGCGUGUGUACUCCCUGCGAAUGUAACGGCAACGCUUUGACAUGUAACAGAACAACAGGCGAUUGUUCAUCAAACUGUGAAAAUAACUCUACCGGCAGUAAUUGUGAGUUUUGUAAGGACGAAUUCUUCGGUGAUGCCACAAGGCAGAACUGUCGUGAAUGUCUGUGCUCACCGAGAGGCAGCAUAAACAACACUUGCGAUCGAUUCACAGGCGAGUGUCAUUGCCUAGACAACAUUGUCAAUCGGAACUGCUCUGAAUGUAAGUUUGGAGCCUGGGACUACGGAAAUGCGACCGGAUGUAAGGAGUGUGACUGUUCGAAGAUGGUUCUUACUACUGGUAUUUGUCCUUGUAAAGUUAAUGUAACUGGAACGCAGUGCGAUAGAUGUAUUGAUGGACGCUAUGGAGUGAGCAUUGGUUGUGUUGAGUGUGACUGUAAUAUGACGUACUCAAAUCAUUCAAUCUGUGAUCCAAGAAACGGUCAAUGUCAAUGCAAGCAAAGUUCUGCUGGAGGAUUUUACGGCGGACGUCGAUGCACACAAUGUCGUUGGGACGCCGUUGGAACUUUCCCAGUUUGCAUAGAGUGUAAUGAAACUUGCUACAGGAACUGGUAUGAACUUAUUGAUACAGAACGAGUGAAAGUAAACGAACUUCAACGCAACGUGACCAGCAUAUUGAAGGCUUUCAAUGGAUCAUCAGUUGCCGACAUUAACCGGACUUUAAAUGAACUGAAUGAAAAGUUGACCUACUCUGAACGCAUAUUUAAAGGAGCUUUUUUCAAUACGAAAACGAAGCAAGAACAAUAUAGAAUGAUAAACAAUACAUUGUUGAAAAUCAAGCAAAAGUUAGACAACGUCAACGAAAGCUUAUUGAUGAUUCAGUAUCAACUGAUGAACGCGAUUCAACCUUUUGAUGGUACAGUUAAUGUUUCAAGAAGGCCACCACCUGUACAGGCGAACUACACAACACUACGGAAAUGGGCUGAACAAAUACUACUCCACAUUGAAGACGAAAAUAAAACUGCCCAUAAAGACUACCAUAAUAUUUCGUCUCUUUACGAUGAAAUCAAAGCCUACAAUUCAAGAGGUCUGGAUGCUAUUGGCGCUGUUGGACAAUCAACGAGACGUCUAGAUAACAUCACUAUGGCCAUAUCGGAAGUGAACUCGAUUUUCCGUCCAGAAUUCCACGACAAUGUUAAAAAAAACGAAAAAUUAUUGGAACAUCUCAAAAAGAACUCCACUGAAAUAAAUCGCUUGGUGAACGAGUCAGCGCUCAAAUCCCAUGAUGCAUCAGACAUGUUGGAUCAUGCGCAAAGCAACAUCUCCGAAGCCCGUGGCAUUUCUGACAGAAACUGGGAGAAAAGUCAACUGGUGUACAAUGAAAGUGUUCAAAUGGAAAAGAAAGCGCACGAAGCGAGAAAUGCAUCUGAGGAAUUUAAGACUAACUCGAGCAUUUUAUUGACCCAAGUUGAUAACUCCAUUGCUGACGUGAAGGCGAGCCUUGACGACAUGGCGCAUGCUCGUGACAAUGUCGACAACGUUACGAUCAUUGCUCGCGAAGUGCUCGGAAUGACCAUUCCGGUUACCGAGCAACACAUUAAUGAUAUAUCGCGACGUAUCCUCGAUAUCGAAGUGGAUCCCGAGUUAGUCAGCGAGACGUUGAAAAAUGCCUCUGCCGGACUUAAAAUCGCCACCGAAGCCCAGAAACUAGCUGAAAAAGCAAUGAAUGUUUCUUUUGCGACUUUACGACAAGUGAAUGAAAUAGAAAGGAAAAUUGAGGAAGCCCACAAGCUGCGCGAGGAAGCACGGACGUUGCAAAACUCCACUGAUAAAAUGGUUGCGGAGAUUAUGCAAAUCACAGAUGAGGUCGAGAAAGAAUCUUUGCAAGCUAGCGCGGUUGGCAACGCGUCGUUGACGUUGUUAAAAAGAACCAUACAGGAUAUCGACGAGAGCUUGAAAUGUUUCAACGAAUCCAAGGAGCUUGCCUUGAACGCCAGCAGAGUUGCGAACAUGACGUACGGGCUGAUCAUUAAUGUUUCACAGAUACACAAUGAAAGCAAAGCGACCUUACUUGACAUUGAGACGACACUAAAUAUAUCCUAUCACAAGGCAAUGUCGUCUUAUCGAAAUAAUUCAGAAACAUUCGACAACGCAAACAAACUUUUUGAGGAAGUCAAAGAGGCUGAAGAUCUUCUGAAGAGCUAUGUGGAUCAACGAGACGAAAUGGCGACUUUACAAUCUCAAGUCGAUACCUUAGAAGAAGAACUAGACAGCUUGAAUAAAGAUUUUGAUGAAAAGUUGGGGGAAUACAACUCGUGUAAAAAUGAAGGAUAAUUGAUUUGGUGUUUUGUCCUUUUACAUAGGUUAAUAUGACAAUACCGAGUGUUUUAGUUAGUGUAUCUAUAGAGUUUCAAACACAAACACAUUUUUUAUGUAUACCGUAUGUCUAUAUCUUUUUUGCUUGUACUCAAGGAAAUAUUUUUAUAUGCUAAACUAUUAUUUCUAUGCUAUAGUUCUUAGUUAAACUUGUACAUAGUCAUGUUAAGUGUCUGGGGCCGGUUGCACGAGGGCAAAUUUUUCAUAACGUUUAAAAAUCACUUAUAAGAAAAAAUAUACAAUUUGAACUGUGCAA